GGAGUUAAUGAGUGAAGGGAGGAAGGGCCGAGGGGGCGUACAGGUGUUUGCAGCCUAAAACUUUUACUGGAAGAGGUGUGAAAGGUAAAUUAAUAUUAUUGUGAUCCUGUGUAAGAACUGGAAGGAAGAUUACUGUUCGUGGAGGAGAGAAGAGGCUCAAGUACGAUGUUGAUGUCCGAGGAGCAGAAGAGUAACGUGUUGGCACUGUCUCAGCUGACCAACGAUAGUUUCCUGGUUGUUUGGGACGCAAGUCUACAACGUGUGGCCAACCAAAGAAAACAGAGUGACAGAUGUGCCCCUUACUAUGUUGUGACAAACACCAGGGAUGAUGUGGAGUUACACGUGGAGAUGCUGUGUGGCAUUCUGGAGUCUGUCAUCAGCGACACUGUAUCAGGCGAGGACCUCGUGUCUCUCCUCACCUCCUCAGGGCUUCAGAGAGACAGGGCUAAUCUCUUUGUGUCACAGUAUGAUCAUCUUCAAGAACUGGUCGCCUUGAGGAAAUGUCUUGAAAACCCAAGAGAACAACUUGUUGACCUUCAGUGGAAAUUUGGUGUUGUGGCUGGCAGCAGCUCUGAGGGGGAGGCAGGACGAACGUUUGUACAAGUGAAGUUUAUCUCCCGCACAGCCAGUGAGAAUCUUGUCCCCAGAUAUGUGGAGAUGUCGCUGCACAAGUUCUACGACUUCUUGCACCAACUGGAGAAAGCCAAAGCUAGUUUAGAAUAUAUGAAUUAUUUAUAAGUUUCUCCAAGCCAUGAAAAGGUGUAUGUAUGGUAAGUAUGUGUACUGUAUAGGGAUAAGAUAUGUAUACUGUACUUGUAAUAUACCAGUGGCAUACUGUGGUUGCACUCAUGAGCCAUGCAGAACACCCACAUAUAUCAGUUAUCAAAUCAAAUAUCAAGUAGGAUCUGGCCUUUCUCUAAGUAGGGGUUGUCAAGCUUUUAUAAACACUUAAUUUCUUAAAUUAUAUCAGUGGCAUCUGACAAAGUACAGUGUCUAUUAUAAAUCAUUAAAUAUUGGGUGCAAAAAUACUUAAGGCAAAAGAAUACAUUAUUAAGCUUUUAGUGUUGCUCUACAGUAAUUUAGAAAUAAAGUAGUUAUAAAAAAUGACGAGGCAUCAUGCACAACGUUGACCUUCUGUAAAGUUGCCAAUGAUCUUAUUGCUGAACAUUUAAAUAAUUAGUCAAUAUUUUUAUUUAUAUGAUACAAUUAUUAUUUCAAGCAAAACAGAAAACUGAAUAACUUUCCCAAGUGGAAAAACUAUAACUGAAAAUGAACUGUUGGGUUAUUUAGAAAUAUUAAAAAUAAUAAUGUGGACCAGUUUUGUCCAGCUGACGGCGAGCUGCUCGACAAGUGAAUGCAGUUUUUGAAGCGCAUGCAUUUGUACCCAUUACAUUUACAGAAACCUUAUUAAACAGCCACUCUUAUGGAACAACAACUCUUAGGUAAUAUAAUAUCACCGUAUAACAUAACACUUCAUGCUUAAGGGAAAAAAUUAUUAAAUUUGACUAAAA